UUGGUCUGUCCUAUUGGCUCACAGAUACCAUUGUGCAUUGAUUGCCUCUUGCUGCCCCCUUCUCUGAUCGCCCCUCCUGCCAUGCAACCUUUUGCUUUCCAUUUAUGGCAGCAGCUAGCAGCCGCUCUAUCUUUGCUGUUGGCAAUAACUCCUUCCACCUGUACCUUUCGUGAAGAUCUCGGCGGGCUGAUUUGCUCAGUGCAUUUACUAUCUUCCUUGUUCCUCUUUGUACAUUGAUGCUUCUGGGCACUUAUGAUUGCUGGGUAGCAUUCCCCUGUAUCUAUCUCAGGUGCUUUGUUACAGUAAAUUCUUUGUGUCGCUCUGACUAACCUUGGCAGUGCAUUAACUCUUGCUUCCCCCAUCUUCCAAUUCUCACGCCUAUUUCUUCCUCUGGUGGUGGUAGCUGGUUUACUUCGCUGCUUAUUGAAAGACCCUUGCUCAGGUGGUUUGGGCGGUGGAUUGACGUUUCCCCUGGGAUCAUCCCAUGAGAUAGUGUUUCCCCCAUUGGUUGUAGACCUGUCCAGAAAAGACCUUUCUUCAAUGCUUCGUAUCCUUUCUUGAACUGCUUUGUGAUCUUCAUUAACUCUCUUCACAGUUUUGCAGGGGGUUGAUAUGGGAAGAUUGAAGGCUCCGCCGAUGGUAGCUGUAGAAGCUCUUGAGAACAGAGCUGGAGAGAAAAUAUUUAGAGAGAGCAUUUUUUCGUUUUGCCGAGGACUAAACUUGAAACAUUCGAUUAUCACUGAUUAAUAAAAUAGCACUGAUACACAAUCCUAACUUUGAGCUUCAUUUUCUUGGAGUACCUUCAGGAUGCUCAAGAUUUUCUACAGGAUCAUCCACCCGGAAUACAUCCAGAACAGAAACCUGGUUAGUGGAAAGAAGGAAAAAUCUAACAGAGUAACUCUGUUUUAAUCCUCUGCAUUCGGGUUUCCACUGAUCGUUGUUCUCUUUCUUCUUAUUUCCCUUUCCAUGAAUCGUGACAGAAGCUAAUUUUCCUCGGAGUUCGGUAUGGAGCUCUCCGGGACCGCCACAGUUGUCUCCCCCGCCAGCGGUGGUGACUGGGAAAUCCGGGUGAAGAAGGUUUCAGAGGAAGAUAUAUUCCUGGAAAAGGACUGGGGUGAAUUCAUGGAAGCACAUGCAAUUGGAGUUUGGUACUUGGUUGUUUUCGAGUAUUUGGGGGAUUCCAUGUUCAGGGUCGUUCAGAUCUUCGACAGGACCACUCGUGCCUGCCUUCACGGCUCUGGAGAUGAACACUCCACAGACAACAACAACAACCAACAACAACAAGAAGCAGAGGCAGAGAAGGAAGAAGAACAAACCCACCUCAUAAAUGAACCAGAGGGAGACGAGAUGGAGGCAGUGAUUAGCACUCUGGGAACCAAAGGAGCCCAUGUCAUCGAAACCAUUUCGAGCAAGACUUCAGCAGCAUCAGGCAUCCUAACUUCCGAGAGUAACAGGUUGUUGGAGGAAUGCAAACAAGCUUCAAAAUCCUUGUUUCCAGGUUUCUAUAAUAGAGUUGUCACAUCAGGAUCGGAGGGAGAGGACGAACUGUUGGGAGAACUGUGGGAUGGCGGGAGAGGAAAGUGGAAGGUUCAGAUUUACGCCAAUUCGUCAAGGUGUGUCCAUCUGAGAAAGGGAUGGUGUGAGUUCUACAGAGACAACUCGUUGAAGGAAGGCGAUAUUUGUCUGUUUGAGUUAAUUGGUGCCAAGCCUGUGGUGCUCAAAGCUUCGAUCUUCUGCGUCUCUCCACAGUGAGAAAAAGGGAUGGAUGGAGGAGCCUCAUUAGUAUCAUACUAGUAUACUUCCAGCUUCAAGACAUGAGCCCCCUUUUUUGUAGGAUCUUAGUUACAUUAUAGUUUUCUGCGCCUAAUCCAUGUAUGAUUAUGCAGCAAUGAACCACAGUCUAGUUUCAUACUUUCAGUGUUCUAUUUCUGCUGUUUUUGCUUGUGUUCAUCCUGGCUGUUUGAGACUCGGACUGAAUGAAUUACUUAAUGAGCC